CAGUCCCUCAGGAGCCGUGCAGCCCUGUUCUGUUGUUUCUGAGUGUAAACCAUCCUAUUGCUGUUUCAAACAUCCUGUCAGCCUGUUUCACAUGCAGGGAGCACAGACAGGCCAUCAGCACAAAAUCCAACGGGUGGAGUUAAACCGUUCGCGAAUGAGAUUAAUCACAAAACCGUCAGCUUGGCUUUGGUGUCACCUCUGUAUCCACCACUGUGAUGUCAGGGAUCAUUGUGACAGAGUCAUCGCGGACCUUUGAAAGGCAGAGCGCAGGUGGAACACAAGAUCUAACUGCAACGUGAUGCAUUGGGCGAUGCACAGCUUCGAGCAGUCUGAUGUCAAAGUCAGUCAACCUGGCAUCAGGGGCAAGUAACAGCAAUUCAACAUGGGGGGGUUCUUCGAUGAAACAUGUAGGAAGAAGCUGAUAGGGAUUCUAACAGGGGCAGGGGCUGCAUACUUACUAUACAGAGCCAUCCGCUCAGGGUUUGCCACCCCAAAGGACAAUGGUGAAGACCUGCUCAUUGACAGGUGUGGCAAUAGCACCUUGGACAAUAUCGGCGCUCUGGUCGAUCACACCAUUUGCUCAAACUCUGUCAAGAUGAAUCUCCAGGACCUGAAGACAGUUCUGACUAUUCUUCAUGAAAGUAAGGAUCCUAUUAUUCGAGGAACUAUCCUUACGAGUAUUUAUCGCAUUCCUGGCUUUUCGAGCAACCAGGAGCUGUUCCGCUCCGAGGGCGGCAUUUCCAUCAUUGCGGAAUCACUGGAUGAUCCGCUCAACUACAUCAAGACCAGCGCCGUGAUAGUUUUCAACUUCCUCAGUAAUGAUCCGGAGAACCGUGACCUGCUGGUGAAGUACAUCCCGCAGGUGGUGAAACUGGUCACUUCAACCUUCCAAGAGUUUGAACAGUUGCCGUGCCUGAGGUUCCUCACCAAGCUGUCUCACAGCCAGCAGAACCACCACAUGCUGAGACACAUCAUCCCAGACUUCUUGCACUUGCUACAGAGUGGAUCCUCCACCAUCAAGUUCCAAGUGCUCCAAAUCCUCAUCAAUUUUUCCACCAACUUGGAACUGACGUUCGACAUGCUCAAUGUGCCAGUUCCAGAAUCCUUCCUUUUCCUCUUUAACUAUUUUCAGCGGCAGGACAUUCUGAAUGACCUCCUCUUGCUAAUAGGCAACCUGAACGAAAUCCAGAGGAGUCUCCCCUACAGGUCCAGAAAGCACGAAUAUUGCGAAGAUUCUAUCUUUGUGCUGUUGUUUGGUCCCAGUUCACGGUUUUCUAGCAGGCUUAUCUACUUAAUGGCUUUUCCAGAUGACAGGAUUAAGCUGCAAGCUGCCAGGAUAGUCACAAACUUUGGGUGA